AUGGCGAAGUUCAAAAUGAAAUUCAACCAGCUCUGGCUGUUUUAUGUUUUAUUUCUUCCUCUAUCAAGUGUUUUUUGUUUCAGUGAGUUGUCCUUCAUCACAGAGCCCAGUGAUGUUACUGUAAUACCAAAGGAUCCAGCUAUCUUGGACUGUCAGGCUCAUGGGCAGCCUCCAGUCACCAUCAAGUGGCUUAAGAAUGGAGUUCGUCUGGCAGAGAGCAAGCACAUACAGUUUCUGCCUAAUGGCUCCUUGUACAUACCAAAGGUAAAGCAUAACAAGGAGGAUUCGGAUGAAGGAUUCUACCAGUGCCUCUCUCAGAACAAAUAUGGAGCUAUCCUAAGCCAAAGAUCACGUCUGACUAUCGCAAGUAUUUCACAAUUUGUGGUGCAUCCUGUGCCUAUGGUGGUGACUGAGGGCUCGGUGGCCCGAUUCUCUUGUGCAGUCACUGCCAGUCCUCCUGCCACCAUCACCUGGGAGCUCAACCAAAGCAUGUUGCCACUAGAGACGGACAGAAUCACAGUUUUGCCUAAUGGAGUUCUUCAGAUCCACAACGUACAGUUGGAAGAUGCUGGACAAUACCGGUGUGUGGCAACUAACAUUGGCAGUCGUAUGAAGAGCAGAGAGGCAGCACUGACGGUCAACAUAGGUGCUGGCCCAAAGCCUCGCCAGAGGCCCAGAAUCAUCGCUGGACCUCAGAACAUCACAGCUUCACUGCACCAAACCGUGGUGCUGGAGUGCAUGGCCACAGGAAACCCUCGGCCCAUCAUCUCCUGGAGCCGUGCUGAUAGUAAGCCCAUCGAUGUGUACAACGCCAGAGUGCUGGGCAACGGGAACCUGGUUAUCACUGAUGUCAGCUCCCAGCACAGUGGAGUCUACCUCUGCAGGGCUACCACCCCUGGAACACGCAACUACACUAUUGCUGCAGCGAACCUCACUGUUCUGGUGCCACCGUCCAUUGUUGAGAGGCCUGAGAGCCAGACCCGUCCAAGAGCAGGCACUGCCCGCUUUAUGUGCCAGGCGGAGGGAGUGCCCCCACCCCACAUCACCUGGCUGAAGAACGGAGAGGAGGUUCACUUAAAUGGAAGAAUCAAAAUGUACAACAGUAAGUUGGUGAUCACCCAGAUCAUCCCUGAGGAUGAUGCCAUUUAUCAGUGUGUGGCAGAGAGUGAGCAGGGCUCUGUGCUGUCCUUGGCUCGCCUCAUCGUUGUCAUGUCAGAGGACAGGCCCAGUGCACCAAGAAAUGUCCAUGCUGAGACCAUCUCAAGCUCUGCCAUCUUACUGGCCUGGGAGAGACCACUCUACAACGCAGACAAAGUCAUUGCUUACUCCAUCCAUUACAUGAAGGCUGAAGGUCUAAAUAAUGAGGAAUACCAAGCUGUUAUUGGCAACGACACAACCAGUUACAUUAUUGAUGAUCUUGAGCCAGCACGAAACUACAGUUUUUACAUCGUGGCUUACAUGCCAAUGGGAGCCAGUCGUAUGUCAGACCAAGUCAGUCAACAUACCCUGGAGGAUGUGCCCCUUCGUACUCCAGAGCUAAGUCUGACCAGCAGCAGCCCAACAGAUAUCCAGGUGAGCUGGCAGCCUCUGCCAGCCAAGCUGAGCCGGGGUCGGGUCUCUGCAUACAGGCUUUCCUAUCGGACAGCUUCAGACAACACAGUCACCUCUGUGGAGCUGGCUCAGAACAGCACUGAAUAUCUCCUGGAGGGCCUGCAGCCUGACACCAUUUACCUGCUCCGCAUGGCUGCAGCGACCCGUGUGGGCUGGUGUGAGCCCUCAGCAUGGACCUCCCACCGCACACCCAAGACUUCCAGCAGCAAAGUGCCCCCAGCCCCUCUUCUUCAACUGGAGCCUCUCAACUGCACCUCCAUCAUGGCACGCUGGCAAACCUCACAAGGAUCUGUGGUUGUCCAGGGAUACCGCCUGUGUUACCAUGAGGAGGGCCAACCAGAGCAGCCCACCAUCCAGCUCCAGGCUCAAACCUCAGACUAUACCAUCAGUGGGCUUGAUCCAAGGAGAAAGUAUCACGUCAAGCUGCUGGCUUUCAGUCAAGCAGGAGAAGGAUAUCAAGCAGACCAGACAGUUAGCACUCCUGGAUGUGUGUCGGUAAGAGACCACCUGGCAGCAGCUCCUCCUGCUCCUGAUCAUGUGAUUGCCCUGGCCAAUAGUUCCUCUGCAGUGUCCCUGCGUUGGAGCCGUCCUGCCUUCACCUCUGGGAAAGCUGUUAGCUAUACAGUCCGCUGUACUCCUGUGGGCACACACAACGCCUCAGCUAUACGCUACUUGCAAAUCACCAAUCAGAGCGUAAUGGUGCAGAAUCUGGAAGCAAACACCCGUUAUGAGUUUGUGGUCCGUCUUCAUUUGGACCAAAUGUCGAGUCCCUGGAGUUCUGUUGUUUACCACAGGACCCUAGCAGCAGCACCCAGCCAGCCGCCUGCCGGAGUGCGGGUAACCCUGAUCGAGGAUGACACAGCACUAGUGUCCUGGAGGGAGCCUCCAGAGCCAAAUGUGGUCGUCACACACUAUACCAUCCUGUACGCCUCCCAGGAAGCCUGGCUGGCCGGACACUGGCAAAUAAUGCAGAAGGAAGGAAGCAACACCAUGGCCCUGCUGGAGAAGCUGGAGCCUGGGAACACCUACCUGGUGAAGAUCUCUGCCUCCAACCAGGUCGGAGAUGGACCUUUCUCCAGCACCGUGGAGCUGGCCCUGCAGCGCGGAAACGGCCACCGCAGCAAGAACCCCAGGCACUCUGACAGCUUCUCAGAGACGACCGUGUUCUCUGAUGGUCUCUAUCACAUAGACCAGAGGUCCAUGACAGGGAUCAUUGUGGGUGUGUGCAUCGCCUUAGCCUGUAUUGCCAUGUGUGCCUUGAUCCUCAUCAGCAAGGGCAGAUCCAGGAAAUCUUCUAGUCCCAAGGUCAUUGGUGGAGGGAUUCAUGAAGGCCCACACGCUGGUUUGUCUCUGCCCAGCGAACACCAUGCGGAGAAUGUCGAGGCCCUCAUGCCCAUGAUAAACAAUCACUUCAUCGAUGCCAAGGGUGGAUCUAAUAUGCUCAUCAAUAGUGCUGGCCCAGUCAAAAGUGGCAGCCAAAGCAAGAGGUGGCUGUUCUUCAAGAGGGAGAAAUGCAGUCCAAGUAACACUGAUGUGGAGAACAGAGCUUGCUUGUAUGAGUCUGGCAAGACCGUCCUGAGGUAUGAGGAGAGGCUGGAUGCAGCGCCCCUUGCUCCCUCGUCCCGGGACAUCAUUUAUGGGCCGCUUCACAUGGAGAGCUCUCACACUAGCGAAGGCAGCCAAGAGACAGGAGACUCGGGACACUACUCCAAUGAAGAAAGCAACGAAGAGAUGAGCAACCCCUCAAGCAGCCAAAGCUCCAGACCUCAGCCUUUUGGGCCAGAUGGCAGUGCCCCUGGUUCAGAGCUUAAGCCGUCUUUUGAAGUGGAAAACGAGGAGACACAGAGCCGUCCCCUCCAUCUCCAUCGCUCAGCCUCCGACGCUGCCCAGGUCUGCCGCAUCUCUGCUGCGGAGGCAUGUCAUCCCACCCAGCACGCGCCCCAGCCGGCAGGCUCCUGA